AUGGAAAGAGAAAGUAGUUUAGACGAUGAGCCCCAGGUGGAGGCCAACAACACGACUGAAGGUGCAUCAAGUAGUGACUUCAAUCAAACAUGGGACGAAUACCAAGAAUGGAGGUGGCAAGAUAACACACAUUUGGAUCACAUGACCAUUCUAUUAGCUGCCGUAGAAGAGGAGGAAUCUAUAGGGCAAGUGGUUGAGCGAAUGCCGCAGCAUAACAUUGGCUUACGCGGACGAGAGUAUAUAGUCGCAAUCCUCAAUGGACAUCCCAAGAAUUGUAGAAAUAUGUUCCGGAUGGAAGUUUAUGCAUUCCAAGCGUUAUGCAAUACAUUACACACGAAUGCCAUUCUGGAAUCGACAAGAGAGGUUUCUGUAGAGGAAGUCGUUGCAAUGUUUACAUUUACCGUCGGACAUGGGACAAUUCAACGAGUCACAGGUGACCGAUUUCAACAUUCGAGUGAAACCGUUAAUCGACAUGUCAACGCAGUGAUGCGAGAACUAUGUCGCCUUGCACCUAAGGUGAUUGCACCUACACAUGUCACUGGGGUGGUGCCUUAUAUUGAAAGCAAUCCCAAACAUUAUACAUGGUUUGAGAAAUGUUAUGGAGCAAUUGACGGAACUUAUAUUGACACAUGGGUGCUCGCCGAGGCAACUAAUGCAUAUAUAUCUCGGUAUCACCUAGUUAGCAAAAAUGUGCUGGCAGCCUGUGAUUUUGAUAUGAAAUUCACGUUCAUAUAUGCUGGGUGGGAGGGCACUGCCCAUGAUGCACGCAUAUUUAUGAAUGCGUUGACUCGUCUAAGGAUCAAUUUUCCAUUGCCUCCUGAGGGUUAUUAUUACUUAGUAGAUUCCGCCUAUCUGUGUACUCAGGGAUUUUUGCCUCCAUAUCCUAGGGUGCGAUAUCACAGCAAUUCGGAUCAUUAUGAAGACCAGACAAAUGUAGAUAACCUGGAUCAUAUAUUGCAUACUCCUGACAUGUCAUCUGGGGCGACACAAGCCAUGGCUGCAACCAGGAAAUCUAUCGCACAACCUAUGUGGGCACAUAGGAGUGCGAAUUGA